GCGGAAGUCCCGCCUGUCUCGCGCCCUGUUUCCUCAGAGGCAGAAAAGCAACGCGGAGAGAGGAGUGAUCUGAGAGCACAGCCACCACCAUGAGCCUCCUCAACAAGCCCAAGAGUGAAAUGACCCCAGAGGAGCUGCAGAAGCGGGAGGAGGAAGAAUUUAACACUGGUCCACUCUCUGUGCUCACACAGUCGGUCAAGAACAACACUCAAGUGCUUAUCAAUUGCCGCAAUAACAAGAAACUCUUGGGCCGUGUGAAGGCCUUUGAUAGGCACUGCAACAUGGUGCUGGAGAAUGUGAAGGAGAUGUGGACUGAGGUCCCCAAGAGCGGCAAGGGGAAGAAGAAAUCCAAGCCGGUCAACAAGGACCGCUACAUCUCCAAGAUGUUCCUGCGCGGGGACUCGGUCAUCGUGGUCCUGCGGAACCCGCUUAUCGCUGGCAAGUAGGGCCGCCUUCCUGCCGACAACUUGGUCCCCUGUCCUGUGAACAACUGCUCUUUGUGAUGGCAAUAAUAAAGCAGUGUUUUUUUC